AUGGUGUGGAGGACACGGCCGCUGAUCACGUCGAUCGCCAACAUUCCGAACAUGAGGGACGACCUAGCCAUGGACGCACCAGGGACGGUCAAGCUGAUCAGAAAUAAGACCAUCGACGACGGCGAACCAUCGACGGAACAAAGUUGUUUGGUCCUUAUUCCGCCUCCGACCAACAGCCCAAAUGACCCGCUUAAUUGGUCUAGGGUCUAUAAACUAUGGUUCACGUCUAUUCUACUACUUUGGGCCUUUCUUUCCAAUGCCAGUAUUGCCUGGACAUCGCCAGCGUGGGCGAUUUGGACUGAGAGUUUGAACACGACAUAUGUUCUCUUGAACUAUGGAAUGGCUCUGCUGCUCCUAACUUGUGGCUUCGGGGUCAUGCUUUUGCAGCCACUCGCUAUCAAGUACGGUAGGCGCUUACCAUACCUGAUCGGAUCCGUCCUGAUUCUCGCCGGUCUUGCGUUCGGGCUCAAUAUGACCUCAAUCAACUUCUUCUUUGCAUAUAUGAUCCUCAGCGGGUUUGGAAGCGCUCCGUCAUACUCUACCAUUGUUACGUCGCUACUAGAUGUAGCUUUCCUUCACGAGAAAGGGUUUUACCUCGGUUUAUACGCCCUGGUGGUUGCCCUGGGCAACUUUCUUCCUCCCCUUGCCGCUGGAUAUAUCACAGAUUCGCAAGGUUGGGAGUGGUGCUUUCGGUACCUUCUUAUAUUCUUCGGUAUAAGCAGCCUCGUGGUGAUGUUCGCUGCGGAAGAAAGCUCCUUCGCUAGAAAAGCCUAUACAACUUCCCAGUCUAUUAUAUCAGAGUCGGCGCGUCACCAAGGCCCGGACGGCGCUGGAGUCUCUUCACAAUCUCCUGAUGCAAAAAUUAACGCCGAUCUUAAGCCAUCCAACGGCAUCCCUAGCCACGCCCUUUCAGAUACCACCUCUCGUCCUCCACCUCUCGAUUCUCGACUUACGUACUUCCAAAAGCUGACUUUAUACCGACCAGAUGCCGAUAUUCCAGUCGGAUACUGGCGGCUCGUCUUCUCCAUGUUUGAGCUCAUCGUUCUUCCCGCCGCUUCGUGGGUAAGCCUUCAGCUGGGCAUUUCGAGCUUCGUGGUUAGCUUAGUCUUGACCACGCAGGCCAGCUUCUUUUCGCUUCCGCCCUACAACUUCAAACCUUCCCAGCUCGGUUUGAUGUACAUUCCCUUGCUGAUUGGAAAUUUACUCGGUUCUUUCUGGGGAGGAUACUUCACUGACUGGAUGAUACUACGGCUAGCGAGGCGUAACGAUGGUGUCCACGAGCCCGAGAACCGACUCUGGGCCUACGUCCCUCUGCCGUUCGUGGCCGCGGGUGGGACCUUGCUUUAUGGCGUCGGAGCUGAUGCGGGCCUCCACUGGACGCUGCCAUGCCUAGGCCUGAUCCUUAUCGGCUUUUAUCUCAGCGCCAGCUUGCCCGUAGCCCUGGGAUACGCUUUGGAAUCUUACCCGGAAAUCGAGAACGAAAUCGUCCAACUGUCGAAUUUCACCCGCAACGUCCUUGGCGGCGCCGUCACAUUUUGCAUCCAACCUUGGAUCGACCACAACGGAGGGCGUGAUACUACCAUAAUCAUUUCUGUCUUGGUCCUGGUUGUCAACUUGACUUCAAUUCCGUUUCAGAUUUGGGGGAAGACGAUUCGGGUGAGAACGACGCCAGCGUACUAUAGGCUGAGUGGCAAGAGCGACUAG